GGUACACCGUAAAACCCUUCACAUCUAAUCUCCGCCCAUUUGCUCCCAAUUCCUGAACUCAGCUCUCUCUCUCUCUCUCUCUCUAGCAAUUCAAAGUUGGUGAAGAACAAAUUCCUAGGGUUUCAAUUCAAUCCAAUGGCGUCCCAUCCCCAUCUUGACGAUGAUGAUGAUUUCGGAGGCGAAUUCCCCGGAACCCACACUUCCAGGCGUUCAGGCAAUAAGAGAAGUUUUGAAGAUCUUGAGGAUGAAGAAGACGAUAUUUUUGGCUCGAAGAAGGCUAACUCAAAAGUAGAAGAAACUGCACCUGGUGUGGCAACUGGGAUGAUUUUGUCCCUUCGUGAGAGCCUUCAAAACUGUAAGGAUACCCUUGCAACAUGCCAAAUGGACCUUGAAGCUGCAAAAGCCGAGAUUCAGAAGUGGUACUCUUCAUUUCAGAAUGAGUCCUUCAUACCUUCAGGAACAUCUCUUGAACCAAAAAUAGUAAUCAGUUAUCUUCAGAGCCUAAAAUCGUCUGAGGAGUCCUUGAGAGAGCAGCUAGAGAAAACAAAGAAGAAGGAAGCCGCAUUUAUUGUAACUUUUGCAAAACGGGAGCAGGAGAUAGCAGAAUUGAAAUCUGCAGUACGAGAUUUGAGAGUUCAACUUAAGCCACCGUCAAUGCAGGCAAGGAGGUUGUUACUAGAUCCAGCUAUUCAUGAAGAGUUUACACGGCUAAAGAAUUUGGUGGAGGAGAAGGAUAAAAAAGUAAAGGAGUUGCAGGAUAAUGUUGCUGCUGUCAAUUUCACCCCGCAAAGCAAGAUGGGCAAGAUGCUAAUGUCUAAAUGUAGGACCCUGCAGGAGGAAAAUGAGGAGAUUGGAAACCAAGCCAAUGAAGGAAAGAUUCACGAGUUGGGAAUGAAACUAGCUUUGCAGAGAUCUCAGAAUGCAGAACUUAGAAGUCAAUUUGAAGGAUUAUGUAAACAUAUGGAGGGACUCGCAAACGAUGUGGAAAAAUCAAAUGAAAUGGUGAUUGUCUUGCAAAAAAGUCUAGAAGAGAAGGAUGAUGAGAUCGAAAGGUUGAAGCAUGAGUUGCACCAGAGGAGCAUAACAGAGGAGACGACAACAACAGAGGUAGCAGCUUUGGACAAUAAAGUCGGUGAUGCAGAGAUGCCAUCUGGUGAAGCACAAACAGAAAAUUAGUUAACUUGGCUGUCCUAAAAGAAAUCCUUGUACAUUAGAUUUUGGAGUUUCUUUUUAUUUAUUUUUAUUUAAUUCAACUGUCUUUUUAUUUCUUUUAACUGCCUAUCAUGCAAUAUGCCCUUCUACCUUCCCCUAAGAUGGCUGAUUGAGGAGCUGAAAAAUGGGAACUGGGAAGUAGCUAAACCUGUCAUGUUUUUUGAACAUGUGCCUUACUGCAGAGGUUGGGGAUUUGAGAUUCCAUCGGAAACUCUUGAAGUAAUGUCUGUUAGUACUGGGACUGAAGUUGAGUAGUUGAGUCAAGUUGUUUGCUCUUUAGAGGUCAAUGGUUCAAGUGGGUGUUGAACCAUUUUGUUCCCUUGCACAUCACCUUGAGGGGGGAAUUAUGGAGGAGUUUAUGUGAGACAGUAUUAGAAUUCUCCGAUACAAUAGAUUUAGCAGCAAGAUUUGGCUUGUGUGACGGAAGUGGCAUUCUUCCGGAAGUUUUAUUCUCUGGUGUGGUGUCAAUUCUGUAAUGAUCAUACAAAGAACAUGUUCAUUCCUGAGAGUUAUAUUUUGUAUGCUACUAUGAAAUUCUGUUUCUUAUACUAUGGAUUUUAAUUGAUUAAUAGGUAGGAGCAUGAUUUAAUUUGGACCAGUUAAA